GAAUACAAAAAUCUUAAAAUAAAAAAGAAAUGGAACUGAUUGUUCAAAUUGCUAUUGAUGCUUUUGUAUUAUGUAAUAAUUUUUGAUUGAAUUGUUAUUAUCAACUUUAAUCAUGUUGAGCAAUAUUGGAGGUAAAUACAAAUUGUCCAGAAGGGGGAAAAAGCUUAUAAUGGCAGACGAUGCAAGAACGUUAAUGGCUCUUCCAAAAGAUGUCCCCGAGCGAAUUUGGGCUGAAAUUCUUCAAAAAGAAGAAGACGACUUGAUGAUCCUCGACAUACGAGAAGAGAUAUUAGACGAUGCUUUAGCAAUUUGCUUUGUCAAGUACAUGCAGCGUCAGAAUGCGCUCUUUACGGCCCACUGCGCGGCGCAAGCAUGGCUUAAGCUAAUUGACUGGCACUUCUACCGUCACGAUCCUGGUGAAGAUCCGAGCGCGUACCCGCCUUGUUACAUUCCCAAAAGAAGAGAGUCAUGGAUUCCGGAUGAGUUACCUGACCCCUCGCCGAAGGAUAGCUGGUGCCGUCAGGAUCUGAUUAUUCAGGAGGAGUGGCAGGAAGAAGGGUUGAAGAAAUGGCCGAGCAGCUCUUCCAUCGACAUGCCACCGGUUGAAGAUAUAUCGGCUGAAUAUUGGUUUCCUGGUAAAGUCAACCUGCCAAUUGAACCUGAGUCUGAUCAGUACACAAAAGCGAUGAGCAACGGCUCCAGCAGUGUAAUGAGCGAGCCCGACAUCUGUGCCGAGAGUGAGGUCUUGCAGAAGGUCACAGACUACAGCACUGAGGACCUCUCUUUGAAGGAGUCCAUGUACAGUGCUUUGAAGACCACAACUCCCGUGGAAGGUUCCCUUCACGGCGCUGGUGAUUCUGUCGUGGAUCGACUUAGACCCAAAAGAAAAGCUACGGAUAAGAGCAAGGUUUUUAGCAGACCGAGUAUAAUGAGCCGAUCGAAGAACGCCCUUCCGCCAUUGAACGGUGACUCUCGCUCCCGCAUCAGCAUCAUAUCAGACUGUCGUUUGAGGAACCUCAGAUUGGACGCCCAGUAUGAGAUAACGUCGGAGAAGAUAGACACUCCGCCUGGAGAUAUCGUUAAACGGAAGUAGAAGUGAGAAUAUAUUGAAAUUAUCAAUUAAAAUCAGAAGAAAUUAAUAAUACAGAUAUUUUAUUAUACUGCGUUAAAAUUAAAUAUA